AUCCUACAAUCCAUUUAACUGUAUGGAGCAAGACCUAGCUAACAACCGAAUCAUGUCCGACGGUCCGAACUAUAACCCGAUCAGGCAUCACACACCCAAGGAACGACACACAUGAUGUCAUGUGCAUCUCCCCAUCAAGGAACAAUCGACACGUUGUGAACAGGCUCAGCCUGCUUCCGCGACAUAUAACCGGAUCUCCUCCCGCCUCCCCGAUUCAAUAUAUAGACCAUAUACCUGGAUAUCGAUGAUUCCCUCCAUACCUCUUAUUCCCUCCCAUCAUGUCCAUCCCCGACACAGCCACCCACCCCACCCCAGCAAUGAACACAACCAUAUCCACCAUGUCAAAUAGAUCCACCGACCUCCCCAUCCACCCCACCAUCCCCUGGGCCCCCGGGGCCGUGGAAACCCGCCCCAUCAGCAUCAUCGGCGCCGGCUGUCUGGGGCGCCGAAUCGCAUGCAUCUUCUCCGCAGGCGGGCACACCGUCCACCUCCGGGACCCGUCCGCCAAAGCCCGCACCGAAGCCCUAGACUACAUCACCGAACACAUCUCCGAAUACGACUCCUUCCCCUUAAUCCCGCGCAGCCGGGGACCCUGCCUGGCCUUCUCCGACCUCGAUCCAGCCGUGCACAACGCCUGGCUGGUCAUCGAAUCCGUGCCCGAACGCCUGCCCCUGAAAAUCGAAAUCAUGCGCGAGUUAGACGCAAAGACCCCCUCCGACUGUAUUCUCGCGUCCAACUCCUCGUCAUUUAAAUCGAGUUUCAUGGUGGAGAAAGUGAGCCGGGAACGACGUCCGCUGAUGUGUAAUAUGCAUUUUGCGAUGCCGCCGCGGAUUCGGGCCGUCGAGUUGAUGACCAAUGGGGAGACGUAUUUGGAGGUGUUGAGUUUUUUGACCUGGGUGUUGGAUGAUUGUGGGAUGAUGCCGGUGACCGCGAGGAAGGAGAGUACGGGGUUGGUGAGGAGUCAUUGUUUGAAUACGGUGUCUUGAUACCAGCAGAGGUGAGAGUAGGGGGGGUUGGAUGGUGUCGAGACUGCCGCUGGUUGCAGCUGUGCAACGGCAGGGGGGGUAUUUGACUGUUGGGCAUACGAGCAUCCAUGCUGGGACCUCGAAUACCUUCGACCUCAGGCUGAGACAUUGCUCUAUACGACCGGGAUUGAACGGACACAAAACUCCACAAUAUAUCCAGGACACGUAUAGGCAGACACGGCAGCAUCCUCACAGCACGACAAGCAACGAGCGAACAACCAGUCGACAGGGACUUGUAUAUUAUGGAGUGACCACGCGUCUUAUAUAGGGGGCUGCAUUCAAGACAGUUUUAUUUAUAUAUCUAGAGGCAAUUACAGCAUCUAUCAUCCAUCUU